AUGCCUCAUCUUAAUUCACCGAAUUCUGCCAUCUCCAUAGAAAGUACUAGCCGCAUCUCCAGUUCAAAUAAGGAUCCCCAUACUGUUGACGGCAUUUUAAAGGAUGUUGUUAAACCAUUUGGCAUCUGGCAAUUCAUCGUCUUGAUGCUCAGCGUCUGGAGCUAUGUUCCAGCCGCAAUAUUUCCCAUCUUCGGCAACUCUGUACCUUCAAAAUUUCACUGUCAAAUGGAACCAAACAUUCAUAAAAUGCUCCUCUUUGAUCAGACAAAUGCAACUUUGACUGGUCUCAGUCUCCACAGACCAAAGGGACCUCUAGAAAUAUCUGACAACAAGUACGGAGUUCCGUUCGACACCGUUGCUGCGGCCAUUGGACCCUGGGGAAAUCAGACGGCUACUCCUGGAUGUCACCGUUACAAACGCAACUACACAAGGAUUGGACGAUUACAGGAGCUAUUUUGGGUGACAGAGUCAACCUCGGUGGAGGCCUGUCCACAGGGCUAUGUAUAUGAAAUGGAUAAGUAUCAAUAUCCCUCAAGUAUAGUGAUUGAAUGGGAUCUUGUUUGUGAUAAGGAAUGGCUAGCACCCCUCAGCACCUCGAUGUAUAUGCUUGGUAUGGUGCCUGGAUUCUGGAUCGGUGGGAUUACUGCCGACUCCAUAGGUCGUAGGGCAACGACGUUCGCUUUUUGGGUGCUCCAAUGGCCCAGAGCCAAUGCUCUUCUUGUUCUGUCUGUCGAACUGACUAUAGUGAAAUAUCGUUUUGUUGUCUCCUCCAGCAUGUGUAUUGUGCAGAGUUCCAUUAGUAGAGCACUAGCAACGCUAGCAGCCUACUUCAUCCCCUAUUGGCGUUGGCUCCAUUUAGCUAUCAUAUCACCCCUCGCCCUAGGAAUCCCUCAGUUCUGGAUUUUACCGGAGUCACCACGAUGGCUGCUUUCUAAAAAACGUUGGAACGAGGCAGCGGAUGUACUAUAUAAGGGUUACCUCAUAAACACGGGAGGUCGCUAUUUUUGUCAAGGGAAGAAAAACAGAGAAACCACACUUGAAGAUUUUCGUAAAUACCUUUCUCUCAUUAUUGCGGAGGAAGAGGAGAAUGAAGUGAGCAAAGAGACUCCACAGACCUACUUCUACCGAUUCUUCGAUCAACUUAGGCAGCCCUAUCGUACGUUUCAUCUUGCAAAAGUCAGUCUGAUUGCCACAUUCCUCUUCGGCACUCAAGCUGCCUGUCUCUUUGGCAUGUUGCUCUACGCACGCAUUGUCAGAGGCUAUGUUUACUUAGUAGCACUCGCAAAUAAUUUUACUGGAAUUCCUGGCGCUGUUCUAUCGGCCGUGCUUUAUGCGAAGAUCCGCCGUCGUAAACUGCCCCUCAUGAUGACUUACAUUUGCGCGGCCUUUUGUCUCGCCUUGGGAGGGAUCUGCGCCGCAGUUAAGGUACCAACCGACGACAUAGUUCUCGCCGUGUACUCUAAUCUUGGUCUCAUGCUCUGCACAGCUAUAAGCAAUAUGGUUUUCACCUACAUACCCGAGCUCUUUCCCUCCUGUAUCCGAUCCCAGGGUCUGGGAAAUGCGGCAGGUCUGGGAAGAUUCGGGGCAGCCUUGGGAGCCUUUAUAAACAGUCUAGAUACCAGUGUGGCACAUGGAAUUCCCCUUUUGGUGUAUGCCGGGCUGCUGCUUCUGGCGUGUCUUGCUCUUGUGUUUUUGCCUGAUACUACGGGUGAGAACCUUGAAGACAGGAUUGUGAGGGGAGAAAGGGAAAUCUUAAUUAGUGAUAUCUGA